AUGAACGAUACCUGGCGUCAUGCUCAAGCAAGCGAUUUGGAAGCGAAGGAUCUCGACUUUAACUUUGAUUUAGACCGCAGCAACUACCCUCUCGAUAAUCUACAGUCCCUCCAGGAUGUCUUCGCAGCGGUGCAGCAUGACACACAUUUGAAAAAUCCUCGAAACCUUUCCGACGAGACAGAAAUCGAGUGUCUGGACGUGACUGAAAACACUGCAGUGGAAAGAAUGGCAUACACUCGACUCUGGAGGAAUGGCUCAACUCCUUCGGGUAGAGGAUCUGUCCCACCAGACCAAACGGAGCUGAUGGAUGAAGUUAGAGCAUUCCAAAACCUUCUCACCCGAAUGCACCAUCCGGCCCUUCGAAACCGUCGAGACUACUUGCCUUCUUUGUGCCUCUCGUACCAGAGAAGCAUACCUCGUUUGCAAGUAAUCUCCAUGACUCAAGACAACACCAUGGAUCUUUUCAAGUACUUGAACGUUGAUCCGUCGUUCAUCAUGAACUUGCUUGGGAGACCGGACUACUGGGCACCCCAGACAAGAUGGACGUCAGAUCGCAAUAGUAACAUAUUAGCUUGUGACUUCUACUGUCAACAUCCGCGCUGGAACCUGCACUUUCUAUGGGCACCUCUAUCGGUAUAUGUGCGCUAUGACGCAGCACUGCGUCUCACAACCUAUAUCAUUUCCCACAAGGAAGGAGACACCAGUAUCCAAGCCCUGCAGAACAUUUUGAACCUCACUAUCAAAACAGCACCUGCAGACCAAAGGGCACGUAUACUACUCGACAACCCAUUUGAUCUCGCUGUAAUCCUUUCCACAUUAUCUUUCGAGUCCUCGAAAUACCAUGUCCGACGAUUCCGGCAGUUCGUGUGGACUCAGAUCAACAAGGUCGACGACCAUCUCGCGGGGCUCGAAGCCAACGACCGACGCAAACUAGGGGAGCUGACAAAACAACUGCAAAUCAUCUCCCAAAACGCGGAUGCGCAUCUGGGGAAUGCCAAUGUCGUCAUCAUUAUAGCAACGGCAAUUCGAACAGCACAUGCGCGCUUGCACGAAGCCAUCGGCAGCCCGGCUCGGGCUUAUGAGCGCGCCUCCGACGCGAUCACGUAUGUCAUCGAGUCCAUGCAGAAGCAGAAGAUAUGGUUUCUGAACUACAAGAACCGCAAAGACAGCACGAUGGCGCUGGUAUAUAGCCUUGUGACGCAGCAGAAUAUCCAAUUGGCGGCGAGCAUGAAACAAGACAGUACCAGCAUGAAUGCGAUUGCUGCUUUGACAAUGGUCUUUCUCCCUGGGACAUUCAUAGCGACCAUCCUGAGCGCGGGUAGUUUCAACGGCAAUGGCGAUAAUAAAGGGUUUGAAGCGACGUGGAUAUGGUGGCUCUGGGCUGCAAUAACAGUUCCUCUCACGCUGGUUGUUAUGUCUAGUUGGUGGCUAUAUAAGAAGCGGAAGGAAAAGGUGCGGCCAGCACCAACGGCUAAGGAAGAAGAGGACGGGAUCCCACCAUCGAGGACGGGAACCUUCCGCCCUAUGCGUUUCUCGACAUGGAGCCGACGAGAGAGUGCUGCUGGCAAGGUCUAA